AUGCCGACCGAGUUUAUCAGUUUAACGUUUCCCAACAAAUCGACGGAAUUGAAUCCGAUUCCCAAUCCCUCGAUUGAUCCGGACUACCUGGUCCGCUAUGCGCGGUCGCUAGACGAUUAUGACUUCAACUAUACAUUGGUGCCUUACGACUCGUCCUAUUAUGAUCCUUUCACCAUCGGUGCAACGAUCGCUGCCGUGACCAAGAACCUCAAGGUCAUCAUCGCGCUUCGACCAAACACGUUAUAUCCGACAGUGGCCGCAAAGGCUCUGGCGACGCUAGAUCAGCUCAGCUCCGGCCGCGCGGUCGUUCAUUUUAUCGCCGGCGGUAGUGACGCUGAGCAGGCCAAAGAGGGCGAUUUCCUGAACAAGGAGCAGCGAUACGCCCGCCUCGAGGAGUAUAUCCGCAUUCUGCGCCGCGCUUGGGAGUCGCCGGAACCCUUCGACUGGGAGGGGACCUAUUAUCAGUUCAAGCAGUUCAGCAACAAGGUACGCCCGGUCAACGGCACCAUCCCCGUCUCGGUGGGAGGAUCGUCAGAUGAGGCAUACCGCAUUGGAGGGUCGCUGGCCGACAUUUUCGGACUCUGGGGCGAACCCCUGAAAGAAACAAAGGAGCAAAUCGAUCGUAUCUACGCCGAGGCUGCGCGCGCGGGCCGUCCCGAGUCCGACCGGCCACGGAUUUGGGUCACUUUCAGACCAAUUCUCGCCGAGACAGACGAGCUCGCCUGGGCCAAGGCUCAUCGCACCUUGGACGCUCUGACCGAGAAUCGAGCCAAGGGCCAGGGCAAAGCGCCUGCUGAUGCCCCUCCUCCGCAAAACGUCGGCUCGCAGAGACUGCUCGACAUUGCCAAACGUGGGGAGGUUCAGGACCGCGCCUUGUGGUAUCCCACCGUCACCGCAACCAACGCGCGGGGGGCGUCCACGGCGCUCGUUGGAUCGCAUCAAACCAUUUCCGACUCGAUUCUGGAUUAUGUGGACCUCGGGGCCGAGCUGAUUUCCAUUCGAGGUUAUGACAACCUCAACGAUGCCAUCGACUAUGGCCGCUACAUCCUGCCUCGGGUACGCCAGGCAUUGAAGGAGCGGGAGGGCUCCGCUGCGACCCAGUGA